AACGAAAAGAAAGAUAAAGUAACGAGCUUUCAGUGAUGGGUUCUUCGCAAAUAAGAUUAAAUAAAAGUAUGGACUUUUCAUAUUAUAUUUGGCGAUUAUUGAGUUUUCAUGUUUCCGUCAAUGGCAUUCGGGUUUCACGAGUGAAUGCCCCAACUACUCUUUCUUUCGCGUGCCCACUUGUUCAGUGAAAGCUACUGCUCCAAACAGGCAAAAAAGGGGGAAGAGGAUGCCACUGUUCCUCAGUAAUUGCGAAGCGGCUCACGACCACCACCAUUGAUGGGUUGCACUUAACAGGAAAGGGCUCUAACGUUGUUUUUGAACCAUCCUCUUCGCCUUUUUCAGUCUCUGUGUCUUGUCUUUUUCAUUUUUGGGUUUCGGUUUUGUUUCGUACUGUGUCACUCUUCCUGAGAAAAAAAGCUUCUUGCUCUGUUUUCUCGGCGUUUCCUCCGUUUGUAACGUUUGGGUUUUUACUAAGCAGUCCCGAGUUAUUCGAAUUUUCGUUCGAGAGAUUUCCGGGAAAAUCCGUGGGGUAAGUGAGUUAGUUUGAUGAAAUGGGUCAUUCGAUUCUCGAGAAAAUGGGGUGUUCCAACUCCAAAACGGCCAAGGACGAGGCGAUUCGUCUCUGCAAAGAGAGAAACAGAUUCGUGAAACAAGCCAUUGAUGCAAGAUGCUCUCUCGCCGCCGCCCAUUUGUCGUACAUCUACUCCCUCCGGAACAUCGGAACCUGUCUCCGCCGUUACGCAGAGGCGGAGUUACCGACGGAAUCGUCUCUGUCGAGGACGAACUCCGCCGCCACCGAGCCGGAGAAGUCCCCUUCUCACUCCUCCUACGCUUCCCCUUCUUCUCCGUCACCGAACUGCGUGAACGCUAACCGUACACCCAUUUCGCCUCCGACCAGGAAUUUGAGUUACAUGAAGACGGAGACUACUCCUUCCGUCACUUUCACGGUGAACCCACCGAGCAACGAGGAUGAAUUACUGGCAGCGACGACGGAAUCUCGGGCGCCGCCGCGACCGGGACGGCCGCAGUCGUCAUCGUGGGACUAUUUUGACCCUUCUGAUGACUUUGAGAGCCUUAGGUUUAUAGGGCAAGAUCAACCCGAUAUGGAUUCUGACGCAGCCAUAGGAUGGGAACAGUUUAGACAGAGAAAUGUAGCUUGUGGUACGGUGGAAAGUGAUGAAUCAGGUGGAAAAGCUGGUCCGGAGACGACAAUGCGGUUCCAUGAAAGUCACUUGAGCUCCAAGACGGAAGGCAAGAAUCCGUAUGGCGAGAGAGAAGAUCCGUCGGAGUUUAUUACACACAGGGCUAAGGAUUUCGUGUCGAGCAUUAAGGAUAUAGAGCACAGGUUCUUAAGGGCAUCUGAAUCUGGAAGAGAAGUCUCGAGGAUGCUUGAAAGUAACAAGAUCAGGGUCGGAUUCGCAGAGACAACAGGAAGGAUAGGUUCCAUGGCGUUUCUUGCUGCCCUCAAGAACGUUUGUUGUCGGGGUAAAGCCUCCCCUGUUUCUCAAGAACCCAUGAAUCAUGCAACCAAAGUUAUUGUCUGGAAGAGGACAUCAUCCUCGAGAUCCUCGUCUUCGAGGCAUCCAUUGAUUCCACCAUCCAAAGGAGAUCCCGAUGAUAGUGGAAGCGACUUCGGGGAAGAGUUCUUCUGCAUGAUCUCUGGUAGUCACUCCUCCACACUCGACAGAUUAUUCGCCUGGGAGAGAAAACUCUUCGAUGAAGUCAAGGCUAGCGAAACGAUAAGGAAGGAGUACGACAGGAAAUGCGAGCAUCUGAGGAUUCAGUUCGCAAAGGAUCAGAGCGCUCACACGAUAGACAAAACGAGAGCGGCGGUAAAGGAUCUUCACUCGAGAAUCAGAGUCUCGAUCCAAUCAGUAGACUCCAUAUCCAAACGCAUCGAGAGAAUCAGGGACGAGGAGCUUCAGCCACAGCUCACAGAGCUCGUCCACGGGAUGAUAAGAAUGUGGAAAGCGAUGCUUGAGUGCCACCAUUCACAGUACAUCACCAUCUCACUGGCCUACCAUUGUAGAAGAAACUCGUCAAACCCCACACCAGACAGCAACACCCACAAGAGACAGAUUCUGUCAGAGCUUCUAGAUGAAACUGAGCGUUUUGGUCUCAGCUUCAUGGAUUUUGUCAGCAGCAUGGCUUCCUACGUGGAAGCCCUAAGUGGGUGGCUCCACCACUGCGUCUUGCUCCCUCAAGAACGUUCCAGAAACCGGCGACCGUGGUCCCCACGCCGCGUCCUGGCCCCACCGAUAUUCGUCCUCUGUAGGGACUGGUCGGCCGGGAUGAAAUCCCUGCCGGCCGAUGAACUGAACGGCUCGAUCAGAGCCUUCUCUACGGAUCUACAGCUUCUGAUGGAUCGGAACGGAGAAGCGGAAGAAACAGAGGAUAGAUUGGAAGAGAAUAAGUGUGGCCAAGCGUCGAGCUUGACGUCCAUUCAUGGAGGCUUGGCGAAGCUUCUAGAGAGAUUGAAGAAGUUCUCGGAAGCUUCUCUGAAAAUGUACGAAGAUGUAAAGCAUAAAACUGAAGCAGCUGAAAUUGCUUACUGUAAUAAUUCUAACCGUUGAGACUAUGAAACGGAGAAAACCCUUUGUCG